AUGACUCCGCCCCGACCAACCACAGACGAUAGGCCGAGCAGGCACCUCGGCCGCCAUUAAAGAAAGGAAUCUCUGAAUUCAAAUGGAAAACCUGCCUCGACCUUAAUUCUUUUAUUUAUUAUUAUCCCCUUGCGCUUUCGCUGGGUUGGAUUUCUGAAAGGAAGGCCGAGGUGUGCCAGGCCCGAAUCCCCCCAGCAGUGGUGGUAACAGGCUGUGUGUACGCAGGAGGGGAGGCAGAGGAGAGGAGGAGGGGGAGAAGAAAAUGGCGAACCUGUGAGAAGAGGAGCGGAUAAACAGUCGGAGACUUGACUUUGCUCUUUCACAGACUGUGGAUUGCUUUCUCCUCAGUGGCUUUGUGGGGACCUGUUCCACUACCCCUUCCCCGGCGGGCCCUGCGGCCUCUUUGCGCUCCGGUGGCCGGGCGGUUCCCGCCAUGCACUGCGCCCCAAGCCGGGCCACCAGCGCCGGGGGAGGGAGGACUGAGACACCGCCCGGAUACCGACGCUUCUAAGCCCCUGGACACCUUGCCUAUAGCUGGGUUGAAGCGCCAGAACCAGCCGGUUUUGGUACAGCGCCGAAAGUCCCUUCGCUUACCUCCAGGACACCACAUACCUCGUAGAAUUCCUGACCCCCCCCCCCCCUUCCUCUCGAGUUAGUGAGACCAGGACGCUGUACAGCCCAAGGGAACCUGCUUGCAACCCAAUGCCCAGGGGUGGGCAUCUCAUCGCUUUAUUCACUCUCGGUAUAUUUGCUUCCAGCUGAAUUGCACCCUCAGCCUAAAUCCAUGACUGGUUAGACCAGUUCUAUUGGCAUCUGCUCCUAUCCUAAAGUUGCCUAUAUCCUGGAUCUUAAUUUUUGGGCUCAUUUUUCUUUUAAAGGAACGCUGAGGUGUUUUUAUUGCAGCAGCUGAAGCUGUUUGCCUUCUCCCUAUCUCUUUUUCUUGUUCGGGGUGGGAUAAUGGCGUGUGUUUUCUGGCUGUGAGGAUGAGUUCAUGCUUUGUGCCGAACGGGGCCAGUCUGGAGGAUUGCCACUCCAACCUCUUCUGUCUGGCUGAUCUUACAGGGAUCAAAUGGAAGCGGUACAUAUGGCAAGGCCCUACUUCCGCUCCAAUCCUCUUUCCAGUGACAGAAGAGGACCCUAUUUUAAGCAGCUUCAGUCGAUGCUUGAAAGCUGAUGUGCUGAGCGUUUGGAGGCGUGAUGAGCGUCCAGGGCGAAGAGAGCUGUGGAUAUUCUGGUGGGGAGAAGAUCCAAAUUUUGCUGAUUUAAUUCACCAUGAUCUUGCUGAUGAGGAAGAUGGCAUUUGGGACAAUGGACUUUCCUACGAGUGUCGCACCUUGCUCUUUAAGGCUAUACACAACCUUCUGGAAAGAUGCCUCAUGAACCGUAACUUUGUGCGCAUCGGGAAAUGGUUUGUUAAGCCUUAUGAGAAAGAUGAGAAACCGGUCAAUAAAAGUGAACACCUCUCCUGCUCAUUUGCCUUUUUUCUUCAUGGAGACAGCAAUGUUUGCACAAGUGUUGAAAUUAAUCAGCACCAACCAGUGUAUCUUCUCAGUGAGGAGCAUCUUACGUUAGCCCAGCAAUCAAACAGCCCAUUUCAAGUUAUACUUAGCCCAUUUGGACUGAAUGGCACCUUGACAGGACAGUCCUUCAAGAUGUCUGAUUCAUCGACCAAGAAACUGAUUGGAGAAUGGAAGCAGUUUUAUCCAAUUUCAUCCAGUGUAAAAGAGUGCUCAGAGGAGAAGCAGGAAGACAUGGAUUGGGAAGAUGACUCAUUGGCAGCUGUUGAAGUAUUAGUUGCUGGAGUCAGAAUGGUCUACCCAGCCUGCUUUGUCCUGGUUCCUCAGUCAGACCUCCCUGCUGCCAGCUCUGUUGGGUCUUCUCACUGUUCAAACACCUGCUUGGGUGUGCAAGUGCCUGCUUCUUCCAGAGACCCAGCUAUGUCCUCUGUAACGCUCACUCCUCCAACAUCCCCAGAAGAAGUGCAAACAGGUAGCAUUGAUGCCCAGUCAGCGCAAAAAUGGGUGAAAUUUCCCGCUGUGUCAGACUGCUUUAGCUCUGAUACAACUAGCCAUCAUGGUGGCAAAAUUCCAAGAAAAUUAGCUAACCAGGUGGUCGAUAGAGUAUGGCAAGAAUGCAAUAUGAACAGAGCACAGAACAAGAGGAAGUAUUCUUCUAAUGGUGUUGUUUGUGAGGAUGAGUCUCCUGAAAAAACAGCAUCCUGGGAUUUUGUUGAGUCCACGCAAAGAACAACCUGUGUCUGUUCAAGGCACAAAAAUCUAAAGCAGAGAAAUUUAAAUCAACCAGGGCAGCCAGUGACUGCUAGUACACAGCAACAGGUGACUCAGAAGCACAAGACAAAUGAUAAGCAGGAAAAGGGUGACAAACCCCAGAAGCGCCCACUAACACCUUUUCAUCAUCGUGCAUCUAUCAGCGACGAUGUUAAUAUUGAAGCAGACAGUGCCAGCCAGAGACUUGGUAUUCGAUCCCAGGACACUAGAGGAAGGUUUUCAAAUAUUCGAACCAACGAUGUAGCAAAAACUCCUCAAAUGCAUAAUAACGAAAUGGCUAGCUCCCCACCUCCACCUCCCCUAAGUCCUCACCCUUGUGAAGUUAUGGAUGAUGGGGGUGAAACCAUGAAAAAUCCAUCAACUCCUCAUAGUCAGCAUUUUUAUCAAAUGCCAACGCCAGACCCACUAAUUCCAGUAAAAUCUAUUGAUGAACGGAUAGAUGGUUUACCGCAGACCUUUGCUUCUGCAUUCCCUGAGGUUUUAGAGCCAACUAUGUAUGUGGGCAAUGCUGUCCGUCUAGAGGCCGGUGAAACUGACAACAGUUGGAAGUAUUAUAAAGUCCCAAAGAAGAAAGAAGCAGAGUUUAAUCCCCCACAGCUUCCAAAUGAUAAACUGAGGGAAGAUGCUUGCGGAACCUAUGGAAAAGAAAAUAUCAUGUCUGUCACAGAAUUAAUGGUACAAGGUAAAAAGCCGUUGAAGAUCUCAGAGGAAUUACUUCACAAGUAUCAAAGCAAAAAUCAGUACAUACCAACAGCUGUAUUAGACACUGAUCAAGAAUCUGAUCCAUACACAUUUGUAGACGACGAUGUAGAAUUUAUAUUUUCUGACACCAAAAAGGAAAGACAAAUCACUGAUAGGGAUGUUGGAAAAAAACACAAGGCAGAAGAUGUCAUGUCUAGUGUUACAGUGUUACCACAAGAAGGUGAAGAUGCAAUGUCUCUUUUUAGUCCAUCCGUCAAACCAGAUGCGCAGCGAUCUGAAGCUCAUGCACGUACUGCAUCAACUAGUCUUUUUCACGAAACAGAUCUUGUGGUAUCAUACACUGACCUGGAUAAUCUUUUUAAUUCAGAUGAGGAUGAGCUCACACCUGGAUCCAAGAGGGCCCUUAAUCCUGAUGAAAAAGCUAACAGCAAAGAGUCAAAACCUGGAAAUUUAGAUCCACUAUCUUGCAUAAGUACAGCAGAUCUUCAUAAAAUGUAUCCAACACCACCUUCUCUGGAACAGCAUUUUAUGGGGUUUUCUCCCAUGAACAUGAACAGCAAAGAUUAUGGCAACAUGGACACUACACCAGGAGGAUCACUGACUGAUGGAAGCAAUUUCUGUAUAGGUGCUCAAUUUAAAAUAGAAGUUGACGAAGGUUUCUGCAGCCCAAAGCCUUCUGAAAUAAAGGACUUCUCCUAUGUAUACAAACCUGAAACUUGUCAGGUACUAGUAGGGUGCUCUAUGUUUGCUCCUUUAAGAACUCUCCCCAGUCAGUGUUUGCCAGGGAUUAAAUUACCAGAAGACUGCAUUUAUCGCCCAAGUUGGACAGUUGGGAAACUUGAGUUGAUCCCUCCGGUACCCAGCAUGCCCUUCAUCAAAGAUGGGAAUAUCCCCAGUGUUGGAAGUGCUAUGGAUCAAGACUAUGUUCAGACCUACACACCUCAAACCCAUACACCUUUUGGGAUGUCAAACAGUGCUCCACCCAGUAACGGUGGAGCAGGAAUCCUUCCUUCUCCUGCAACCCCUCGUUUUUCUGCACCCACUCCACGAACUCCAAGAACACCUCGUACACCUCGGGGAGGUGGUGGUCCAGCUAGUGUCCAAGGUUCAGUGAAGUAUGACAAUUCAGAUUUGUACUCUCCAGCUUCAACACCAUCAACCUGCAGGCCUCUCAACUCUGUUGAGCCAGCAACAGUUCCAUCAAUUCCAGAAGCUCAUAGCCUGUAUGUCAACCUUAUUCUCUCUGAGUCUGUGAUGAACCUCUUUAAAGAUUGCAAUUUUGACAGUUGCUGCAUUUGUGUAUGCAAUAUGAACAUUAAAGGAGCUGAUGUUGGAGUCUACAUUCCAGACCCCACACAAGAGGUGCAGUACCGAUGUACCUGUGGCUUCAGUGCAGUGAUGAACCGCAAGUUUGGCAACAAUUCUGGUCUGUUUUUAGAAGACGAGUUGGAUAUUAUUGGUAGACACACAGACAGUGGUAAAGAAGUAGAAAAACGCUUUGAAGCUCUCAGAGCUGCUGGAGGAGAUCAUGGUGUUUUAAGAGACCCAGAGAAAAUGCCUGAUGAGUUAAUUCUGCUCCUCCAUGAUCAGUGCACUAAUUUGUUCUCUCCAUUUGGCACAUUGGAUCAAGAGCCUAUCACAAAAACCAGCACAGUAAGUUACUCGGCUCGUGUUGAAGAGCAAGACUGUUGUAAUGAUUGUUACCUCGCAUUGGAGCAUGGGCGGCAGUUCAUGGAUAAUAUGUCUGGAGGCAAAGUCGAUGAAGCACUUGUGAAAAGUACUUGCUUACAUCGGUGGUCUAAAAGAAAUGCUGUAGAUGCAAGUAUGCAGUGUUCCCAGGAUAUUCUUCGCAUGCUUCUUUCAUUACAGCCUGUGUUGCAAGAUGCAGUUCAGAAAAAAAGAACUGUUCGGUCAUGGGGAGUGCAGGGACCCUUAACGUGGCAACAGUUCCACAAAAUGGCUGGUCGUGGCUCUUAUGGAACAGAUGAAUCACCAGAGCCACUGCCAAUCCCUACAUUUCUCGUGGGCUACGAUUAUGAUUUUUUGGUGCUGUCACCAUUUGCACUGCCUUAUUGGGAGAGACUGAUGUUGGAACCCUUUGGGUCGCAAAGGGACAUUGCUUAUGUUGUUGUUUGCCCAGAAAAUGAGGCUUUGCUGAACGGAGCCAAAAGUUUCUUUAGGGAUCUCACUGCAAUGUAUGAGUCUUGUAGGCUUGGGCAGCAUAGAGCUAUCUCCAAACAAUUAACAGAUGGCAUCAUGAAGGUUGGGUCUACUGCUGCUAAAAAGCUGUCCGAAAAGCCAGUUGCAGAAUGGUUCUCUCAGGCGAUAAAUGGCAACAGUGAAGCAUAUUCUAAACUCCGGUUAUAUGCACAAGUUUGUCGAUAUGAACUUGGUCCAUAUCUAGCAUCCCAGCCACUGGACAGUUCCCUGCUAUGCCAGCCCAACCUCACUUCCUCAGCAAGUCAGACUGUUUCAGUCCAGCCAGCAGCAGCAUCCACACCUGGAAAUCCAAGCACUCCAUCCUCUUUAAACUCUUCUGCAGCAAACAGCUCCUCUACUGUGACACCUAACACUCUGCCUCAAGCAGCUGCCACAGGGUCUGCAGCUACUUCGAAUGUGGCUGGUGGCCUGACCGCAAACAAGCCAACAUCGUUUCCUCCCUAUGGGAAUAUAAACAGUACCCCUAAUUCCAUUCCAGCACAAGUUAAUUCUGUUCAGAGCAAUCAAGGAGGGCCACAAACGCAGCAACAGACAUUACAGCAAAACAGUGGGAUGUCAAGUGAACAGUCUGCUGCUGCAGCAGCUGCUGCAGCUGAGGUCACUGAAAGUACAAUGGACCGGGAUAAAGUUGGUGUCCCUACUGAUGGAGAAUCUCAUGCAGUCACAUAUCCACCUGCCAUAGUAGUUUAUAUUGUUGAUCCUUUUACAUAUGAAAGUAAAGACGAGGACUCAAACUCAUCUAGUGUGUGGAUGCUUGGCCUUCUACGCUGUUUUCUUGAAAUGUUGCACAUCCUCCCACCCCACCUCAGAAACACAGUUUCUGUGCAGAUUGUCCCAUGCCAGUAUUUCUUACAGCCUGUUAGACAAGAGGAUCGGCAAAUAUAUACACAGCACUUAAAAUCAUUAGCAUUUUCAGUGUUUACUCAGUGCCGAAGACCACUUCCAGCAUCAACAAAUGUUAAGACACUAACUGGAUUUGGGCCUGGCUUAGCGAUUGAAAAUGCUUUAAAGAGCCCUGAAAGACCUGACUGUAUCCGGUUGUACACACCACCAUUUAUUCUGGCUCCUGUGAAGGAUAAACAGACUGAACUUGGUGAAACAUUUGGAGAGGCUGGCCAAAAAUAUAAUGUUCUGUUUGUUGGUUAUUGCUUAUCACAUGAUCAGCGAUGGCUUUUGGCUUCUUGUACUGACCUUUAUGGGGAGCUAUUAGAGACCUGCAUCAUUAACAUUGAUGUGCCAAACAGAGCACGACGGAAAAAAGGUUCUGCUCGCCGUUGCGGUCUUCAGAAGUUAUGGGAGUGGUGUCAAGGGCUUGUGCAAAUGAGUUCAGUUCCAUGGAGGGUAGUGAUAGGGCGCUUAGGAAGGAUAGGCCAUGGGGAGUUAAAGGACUGGAGCUGUUUGUUGAGCCGCCGCAAUCUUCAGUCACUGAGCAAGAGGUUGAAAGAUAUGUGCCGAAUGUGUGGUAUAUCUGCAGCAGAUUCUCCCAGCAUUCUAAGUGCUUGUUUAGUCGCAAUGGAGCCACAAGGUUCAUUUGUGAUCAUGCCAGAUUCUGUAUCAACAGGUUCAGUAUUUGGCCGUAGUACAACACUGACCAUCCAGACUUCCCAGCUAAACACACCGCAGGAUACAUCAUGUACUCACAUUUUAGUUUUCCCUACAUCAGCCUCUGUUCAGGUUGCUUCGGCUACAUACACCACUGAGAACAUCGAUCUGGCUUUCAAUACAAACAAUGAUGGUGCAGAUGGAAUGGGAAUUUUUGAUUUAUUAGACACUGGUGAUGAUUUGGAUCCUGAUAUCAUUAACAAUCUUCCUACAUCUCCAACUGGAUCCCAAGGACAUUCACCUGGAUCCCAUUACCCACACGGAGGUGAUGCUGGAAAGGGUCAAGGUACAGACCGGUUGCUGUCCACAGAAUCACAUGAUGAAGUGACCAAUAUUUUGCAGCAACCUUUGGCACUUGGUUACUUUGUAUCAACUGCUAAAGCUGGUCCUUUGCCUGACUGGUUUUGGUCAGCAUGUCCUCAAGCACAAAAUCAGUGCCCACUGUUUCUUAAGGCCUCUUUGCACCUCCAUGUGCCUUCAGUGCAAUCCGAUGAGCUGCUCCAUAGCAAACACUCCCACCCACUGGACUCCAAUCAGACGUCAGAUGUGCUCAGGUUUGUUUUGGAACAGUACAACGCCCUAUCCUGGCUAACCUGUGAUCCCGCAACUCAAGACAGACGCUCAUGUCUGCCAGUUCACUUUGUGGUGCUGAACCAGUUGUAUAAUUUUAUCAUGAACAUGCUGUGAUCUUUUGAAGGAAAGGGGAAGAUUACACAAGAGGAUUCAUGUUUCAUUGCCGAAUUUUGAUCCACCCUCACCCCAAAGCCAUUAGAUAUACAUGGAUUUCCUUUGUUGAUCGCUAACCGCACCAGUUGCAUUCAAGCUGACCAUUUCUUACUGACCUCCCACCAAUCAACCAUUUUCAAUGUUCUUUACCAUUUGGAUUAUUGCUUUAAACACACACAAAAUCUAUUAUUUGAAAGUCUCAAUGACACUUUCAUGAUCAUCUCCAGUCUCAGUAUUUGUUACAAAUAGGAUCCUCUACCUGCUGGCAUAAAGUGUAUCUAAAAGCUCGGGGAUAAUUUGGAACAAUGAGGAGUUUCAUCACAUGACUUCUAAACAUCCUGAGGAAGUUAUAUGGAUUACAAAACCUAUUAUCAAUAGAAAAAAAUGCCUGCAUCUCUUAUUUAUUGUAAGUUUUUAAAUGUAUAAAUUGUCUUAUAUUUCUUAAUCUCUUUUAUAAAAAACAAAAACUUUUUUCCUAGAAGGUUUAUACUGCCUUCUUGCUUUAAAGCAAUUGGUCUAAAAUAUAUGUACUCGUCUUAAUUAAAAGUUGCAGUAGGUUGCUUUUAGAGUAUUAUUUUUUGUAAGGGGGUGGGCAGGGGUACUUAAAAAUUUGUAUUGUCUUGAUGUACAGAAUAUUGGGAGUUAGGAGCGUUAAUGUCCAUACCAUUGUGUGUGGGGGUUUUACAGCUAAGCUGUAGCUGCAGAGUACUUGUACAGUAAUGAUCUUCACUGUGUUUAUAAAUUUGAAAAAAAAAAAAAGGUACCGGGUCUUAAAUUUUUAUAAUCACACCUCAACAAACCGAGUAACCUGAUGGCAAUAUAUCAUUGACUAUUGUAGGUGGUGGUUUAACCUGUAGUGACAAAUAAACUCUUCGGUUUAAUUUUUUUAAAAUUUGGUCCAGGGCUGUGACUGCUGUUGUGACGCCUGUUGCUAUGAAAUGACUUUUUAAAUGGUGUGGGAAAAUACUGGUAUUCCAUUAAAUUGUUACUUGGA